AUGUGGGCCAAGGGGCUGUGGGCGCUGCUGGCCGCGCUGCGGGCGGGCUGGUGCCUGCUGCCGCAGGCCGGCUACCUGCACCCCGACGAGUUCUUCCAGUCGCCCGAGGUGAUGGCAGGAGAUAUUUUAAACCUACAGGUCUAUUAUCCUUGGGAGUUCCUUUCCAGCUCUCCUUGCAGAACAGUUGUUUUCCCAUUAAUGACAUCUGGAGUUACCUACUGGGUGAUCAAGUCUUUGCAGCAGCUGGACAUAUGUUCAAGUUGCAUCAACAGCUACACCCUUCUUGUAUCACCUCGCCUUCUCUUUACAAUCUUUUCUUUCAUACUCGACUAUAGUGUUUAUCGAUUAGCUCCUUUCUGGGAAGCAGAUCCGUGGAAAGCACUGGUACUUCUUGCUGGAUCGUAUGUCACUCUGGUAUUCUAUACAAGAACGUUUACCAACACACUUGAAGGACUUCUCUUUGCUCUUCUGAUGGUGUUGGUUUCCUCAAGGAAGUCUGAUGGCAGCUUAGCGGAGCCUACAAGCAGCCCUCUCAUAGGUAUUGUAAUGACUGCUGGGUUUUUCAACAGGCCAACCUUUUUGGCAUUUGCUCUCAUGCCCCUGCUUUACUGGGCAGGUUUCAUUGUUGACUCUCAAAAGAGCAUUAAAACUGUCAUAAACCACUUUUUGAAGCUUGUCCUAUGCGCAUGUUUUACUGCCAUUGUUUUCAUAACGGCCGACACCUUCUAUUUUACCUCUGUGGGCUUAGACAACCUCUAUGGCAUUAGGAAGAGCAGCCUAUUUGAUGUGAUAGGUCAAUUAAAUGAGAAAAUGAUAGUAACCCCUUUCAAUUUUCUCAGCUAUAAUCUUAAUCCUCAUAAUCUUGCACUGCAUGGAAGUCACCCACGAGUUACACAUUUUACAGUCAAUGGAAUAAUGCUCUUUGGGAUCUUACAUAUUCUGGCCAUUGGUGCUGGUUUUAAAAUGUUAAAGAAAUAUAUCCAUCAAUUAAUACGGGUCAAAUCACAUUACCAUGGGUCAUCUGGGCUAUUAGUACGUUCUGAGGGCAAUCCAACAUUACUGCUGUUUUAUUUUGUUCCUUUGGCAUUUCUCUCCCUAUUCAGUCACCAAGAACCUCGGUUUCUCAUUCCUCUCAUCUUGCCAUUAGUCCUGUUCAGCACAUCACAGAAGAGAGCUGUGAAGUGGAAACACGUCAUUAUUAUUUUCAAUGUUCUCGGGGCUUUGCUGUUUGGGUGCUUACACCAGGGAGGACUGAUACCAUGUUUGUUUCACUUGGAGCAACUCGUGCAUUCUCCAGAGUCCUCAAACCAUCCAAGACACUAUACUUUACUCUUUGCUCAUACCUACAUGCCUCCUAGGUCUCUUCUUAAUAUCAAGAAGAGAGACACGCAUAUAGAAGUCAUUGAUAUGGCUGGGUCUGAAGAAGAAACCCUCUGCCGAACAGUAGAGCAGCGAGCAAACAAUUUUACCUGCAGUGACUGUCAUGUUUUUGUUAUAAUCCCUGGUACAGUCAGAGCCACAAUUACAAAAUGUGGUGUCUUGUUCAAGAAUGAGACUUUGAUAUUUCCACACUUAUCAAUGGAAGACCCACCACAAAUACCCUUCCUAUUCAGUGGACACUGGAGAAGUCAGCUAGGACUAUACAUCCUUCAGGUAGACAGAGAUCAGCAAAGCCUUUAG